AUGACGAGGCCGCCGUGGGCGGGCGCGCUUCUUCUUCCUCUCGCGGCCGCCGCCGUCGCGGUGGUGCUAUCGUCCUGCUGCCACGGCGCGUCCGCGGCGGCGGCGUCGUUCGGCGACAACUUCGAGAUCACGGGCGUCGAGGACCACGUCAAGACCUCCGCCGACGGGCAGACCUGGUACCUCUACCUCUACAACAAGACAGGUGAAAGGAGAAAAAGGUUAGGCCAUGAGCGAACAAGUGCAUGUGAGGCUGACGAGGAAAAAGGAAGAUACGGGCCGGGAGAACAGAUUAAAGAAACACGCAUCCAAAAAGACGCCGCGACAUUUUCAACGGCAGGAUCGAAGCCACAGCCACGGCACCUCCGACGGCCCGAGACUGAGGUUCACUCCGGUGGUGCCAUGGGGGUGAUCUCAGUCUCAGGUACCAGUAUGUAUCAUGUUCACGAGUGGCGUGGCGAUUGA